AUGAGGCCUUCAUCUAUUUCCAAUCGAACAUCAUAUGGGAUGGGGUCGGGCCUGCCUACGACCUCACAAGCUGCCCUUCUUAAACUUAACGAAAAGAAGAAGGAAUUCGAUGCUGUCGCUGCUUUAGAAAGAACAAGCUCUGCAUAUCUUGAACGUAUCUCUGGGCUAGCAGACGACUGCGAUGUGAUGGCUUUGGCUGGUGAAGUCCACGGCCAAGUAUCAGAACAAUGGCCUAGGAUGUUCCACAUCCUCAACUUAUUUCUUGCUUCUCGAGAAUCGUCUGAAGACCAACCGAAUGCCGCUUCACAGGAAGGAGAGAUGCUGGUUCGCAUACCCAUCGAAGACGCCAUGGAAUCGAAUGGCGCUUCAACUUCAUCCCAGUGA